GUCACCAGUCCAUCGCAGGGCAGACAGACAUCUUUAAAUGUUUUCCCUGUUAGACUGUCAACAGAGAUGCUGAAGAGGACUGAUCACAAGAAAAAGGACCAAGAGCAUAAAAUGAAUAUAGUAAUAAGGAAAUUCCAGCCCUCAGACGAUGAGGCUGUGAUGGCUAUAUUUCAAAAUGGAACCCAAGAGCACAUCAUCCCGUCCUUCAAAUACGCCAUUUCUCAGCCACUCCACAUCACUGUGACCCUGUGCUUUUUCACUGUGGGCUAUAUACUGGGUGGAGGAUCAGUUGUCCUGGCCCUGCUGGCUGGAGGUUUGUGGAUAGGUCUGCUGUACUACUGCUGCUAUGAGUUCUAUGCUGGUUAUGUCCGAUCAAAGCUGAACACAGACAUGCGGGACAUUGCAGGCUUCUACCUCAGCAGUCCAGAUAACUGCUUCUGGGUCGCUGAGGCUGAAAUCAACGGCCAACCUCAGAUCAUGGGUAUAGUGGCUGUGGAGGGCAAAGAACUUCCAGACAGCGGGCAAAAGUAUGGAGAACUUUUCCGAAUGAAUGUGUUGUCCACAUCCCGCCGUACUGGCCUCGCCUCUCGACUUUGUGAAACAGUGAUAGACUUCUGUAAAGAGCGAAGGUUCUCGAAGAUUGUGCUUCAUGUUACUUUUACACAGACCGCAGCUAUAGCUUUCUACAGGAAGAUGGGCUUUGCGCUUGUGCGGACUGAUGAAAAAGCUGAAGCUCAAUGUUGGAGCCUCUGGCUGGCCAGAAGUGCUAUGCUUAGGAUGGAGAAAAUCCUACAGCCAUGACCUUCUAUUUAAGGUUAAUAACACCAUGUUUAACCCACUGUGGUGACAGCAAUUAUAGAUCAGGUCUGAAGUAUGGUUUUUCUGGUUUAUCAAAACUGGAAGCAAAAUGUUUUGACAUACAAAGUAACACAUGUAUUAGAUGAAUAUCUUAUGUGCAUAAACAUGUUAAUGCUUUUAAAGAAUUUUCAAUCAUUAAAAUGGGAAUACUAUAUA